UGCCACCAGCUCGAGAAGAUAUUUUCCGUUUAUUGAAAAAUCAAUUUGCUAAUUAAUUGCAAACGCAGUGUCGUUUCAAUUUCGCCUACUAAAACGAAAAUGUUGGUCAAUGAAGCUAGACACUUACUUAGUCGCGCCAGUUCUUUGGCUGCACGUCAUCAGUUGCGAGCCAUCAGCAAUGGCACAGCCCAACUGGACCAACAGGCACAGCCCAAAGAGGCCAAGCAGCCCCAAAUCAAGAAGUUUGAGAUCUACCGGUGGAGUCCGGAUAACAGCGGCGAGAAACCCUACAUGCAAACCUAUGAGAUUGACUUGCGCGAGUGUGGACCCAUGGUGUUGGAUGCCCUCAUCAAGAUCAAAAACGAAGUGGAUCCCACGCUGACCUUUCGGCGAUCGUGCCGGGAGGGUAUUUGCGGCUCAUGUGCCAUGAAUAUUGGUGGUACCAAUACCUUGGCCUGUAUCAGCAAAAUAGAUACAAACACUUCAAAGUCGCUGAAGGUGUACCCAUUGCCGCACAUGUAUGUGGUGCGUGACUUGGUGCCGGACAUGAACAACUUCUACGAGCAGUACAGAAACAUUCAGCCCUGGUUGCAGCGCAAAAACGAAGCCACUGAGAAGAAGGGCAAAGCACAGUACUUGCAGUCCGUUGAGGAUCGUUCCAAGUUGGAUGGUCUAUACGAGUGCAUUCUAUGCGCUUGCUGCUCAACUGCGUGUCCUUCAUAUUGGUGGAAUGCUGAGAAGUACCUCGGCCCAGCUGUCCUGAUGCAGGCCUAUCGUUGGAUCAUCGAUUCACGUGACGAGAACACCGCUGAGCGCCUUAACAAGUUGAAAGACCCCUUCAGUGUGUACCGUUGCCACACCAUCAUGAACUGCACGCGCACCUGUCCGAAGGGUCUUAAUCCCGGCCGCGCUAUUGCCGAGAUUAAGAAACUGCUUUCUGGUCUGGUAUCGAAACCCUCGCCCAAGCUGGAGACUGCGGCGCUGCACAAGUAGAGGAGCGCCCAUUUACGUUACUCUUUGUUUGUGCAUCUUUGUACCGGCUUCCCAGUUAGUUUCAGGCUGCAGGCUGUACAGCAAACCCCGUCACAACUGUCACCACAAUGCUUAUUUUGUUUUAAUUUAAUUUAAGCCUUAAAGUUACUGACAAUUGUUAAUGCAGUUUGUAAAGCGAACGUAGUAAACCGCAAGAAUCAAUACCUGA